UCCUUCCUUCAAUCUUUCUGACUCAGAGAAACAGAUAAAAACUCUGAGAAACAAGAAAACAAAAGUUUAUAAUAAUAAUAAUAAUCUCCAUCGAUCAUCGAUUGCAGCUAUAGAACAUCUGAGUCCAACCCAGGGUUUGUUGGAAUCAUCUUCACAAUGACGACUUCUGUUUGCCCUUUCUCCAAAGCUGCUCGUCCCGACGACGCUUCUGCUCGAAAACAAGCCGACACGACACCUUCUGCUUGCCCUUUCUCUAAAGCUGAUGCCUUUGCUCGAAAACAAGGCGAAACUACUGCUUCUGCCUGCCCUUUCUCCAAAUCUGAUGCCUCUGCUCGGAAGCAAGGCGAAGUGGCGAGUAAAGGAUGUCCUGAAAACGAAGGAAUAGUGCAAAAGGAGGAGGACUCUACUACUGAUUCUGCAACGGUGCCUGCCAAGUGUCCGUUUGGUUACGACUCCCAAACGUUCAAGCUUGGGCCCUUUAGCUGUAUGCUAUGUCAGGCACUUCUGUUUGAGAGCAGUAGAUGUGUGCCUUGUACACAUGUCUUCUGCAAGGUGUGCGUGUCACGGUUUAAGGACUGCCCUUUAUGUGGUGCUGACGUCGAGAGUAUUGAAGCUGAUGAAAGCCUUCAGAAGAUGGUUGACCAGUUUAUUGAAGGCCAUGCUAGAAUCAAGAGGUCUGUUGUGAAUAGCACUGAUAAAGAAGAGGAGGUCGAAAAUGAUAACAAAAGGGUGAUUUACGCUGAUGUUUCCAUGGAAAGAGGUUCUUUCUUGGUUCAACAAGCUAUGAGGGCAUUUCAAGCUCAGAACUAUGAAAGUGCUAAAUCAAGGUUGGCGAUGUGUACCGAGGACAUUAGAGAUCAACUGAAGAGAGAGGGCAAUACACCAGAGUUAUGUUCACAGCUUGGUGCAGUCCUUGGCAUGCUCGGUGACUGCAGCCGAGCAAUGGGAGACUCAAGCUCUGCAGUCAGUCAUUUUGAAGAGAGUAUUGAGUUCCUUAUGAAGUUGCCGAUGGAUGAUUUGGAGAUUACACAUACACUUUCUGUAUCGCUCAAUAAAAUAGGAGAUCUCAAGUAUUAUGGCCAAGACCUAGAAGCUGCAAGGUCGUAUUACUGCCGUGCUUUAAAUGUUAGACGUGAUGCCAUGAAGCAUCACCCUAAUGCUCCUUCACAAAUUCUGGAUGUGGCGGUUUCCUUAGCCAAAGUUGCAGAUAUAGACAGAGCUCUACAAAAUGAAGAUGCUGCCACAGAUGGUUUCAAGGAAGGCAUGAAACUGCUGGAAUCUUUGAAACUCGACUCUGAAGAUUCUGCUGCUCUCGAGCAACGACGUCUCUCUGUGCUGGAGUUUCUGAAGAAGCAAGUAGAGAAGCCUGCAGAAACUGCAACCUGAACUGAUGCAGGCUUAUGUAAGUAUAUAUAUAUAUAUACAGACUGUACUGUACCACUGUCGCAUUUUGGCAGAAAUAAAAAGACGAGAAAGCAAAAAUGUUGUGUUUGCGCUUUAAGGAUCCAAAGAAACAGAGUGAUCUGUAUCUUGUGAUGGUUUCAAAAUCGUAUACACUCUAUGAACUUAUUAUGAAGAAGCUGUUUGUAAGAAUGUAAGAGUUGUUGAAGAAUCUGAGUGGUUGUUACUUCUUGGUA